UAAACAAAUCGGCUCCGACCGAUGUGCUUGCCCGUCGUUUCUAUCGAGAAUCGAGACCGCGCGUCGAAAUUAUUAUUUCCAUUCGUAUGUUUAUGUAUGAAAAUAAGUGAAAUACGAGUUUUAUUGAAUGAACUUGGGCCUAUACGGCAUCGAACGUCAAGAAAAACGAAACACCAUCGUAAAUUCACUGUGAACAAGUGAUGUUACAAGCAUUACAUCCAUGUCGGCAAAAUAUGUUUACAAUAUUGAUUAAUCGCGUAUUGUGUUAUUAUAAAAUUGUGAUGUGAAAUGUAGGUGAUUGCGAAAAUAUCAAUAAAUUUGUCGAAUGCAAAAUGCGACUGUACUGUAAUAAUUUUAAUGGCGUGCCCGAUUGUGUGAGGUUUUGAAUUUACGUGUUUUGUUGUGAUUAUUGUGUUGUAUUUUGACAAUGGAGGGGACUACAGAAAAGGAUUGUUCGCCACUAUGGAAUCUUUACCAGCAGAUCGUCACGGAUAUGAAGAACAGCACUCCGAUGUGGGAGGAGUUCAUAUCCAAGGCGACGAAACUGCAUUCAGCUCUCAAAUCGGCGUUAGUCGCGAUCGCAGCCUUUCUGGACGCCUUCCAGAAGAUAGCCGACGCCGCGACCAAUGCCAGGGGCGCUACAAAGGAGAUCGGCACAGCCCUCACCAGGGUGUGUCUCCGGCACAGAGCAAUCGAGACCAGGAUGAAAACAUUUAUCGGCGCACUGAUGGACACUUUAAUAAGCCCGUUAUCGGAGCGCGCGGAGGAGUGGCGGCGUGGCGGGUGCGCAACAGGUGCGCUGAGCCGCGAGCACGCGCGCGAGUGCAAGCGCGCCCGCACCGAGCUGCGCCGGCGCAUCACCGACGCGCAGCGACAUGCCAGGAAGGCCCGCCGUGCGCCCCCUGACGCCAAGCGACGUGCUGACGUAUGCAUGCAGGACGUUCAAGAACGCAAACAGCAGUUGGAAGAAAUGGAAGAGAAGGCGGUGAAAGCGGCACUAAUAGAGGAGAGGAGCCGCUUCUGCCACUUCGUGUCGCUGCUCAACCCUGUGGUGGAGAGCGAAGUGGCGAUGCUGGCGGAGGUCGGGCACUUGCAGGAGGGCAGCGAGCAGCUCAUGCGACACACCGCCGAGCCCAGGACACUGCCGGCUGCCAGUUUACAGGUGAUUUGCGACAUAAAGUCGUGCCACAGCGGCUGGGAGUGUCCCUCCGCGCCGCACUCCCCCUCCGGCUCCUCUCGGCUCGGCAGCCGCAAGUCAUCGCUCACGUCCAUCUCGUCGCUCAACAGUCAGUGCUCCGACAAUCAGCAUGCGGCGUCGUGUUCGACGGUGAGCUGCUCGACGCCGGUGUCGGCGCCGCAAGCCGACGCGCCGCUCUGUCGAGACCAGUCAGCAUUCCGGCUGUCGAGUGUGUGCAGCGCUGACUCGGGGUUCCGCUCGCAGGACGCCCUGCAACGACGUUCGCUCUACGUUGACAAUGGUUCGGACAAUCAGAGCGUAAGCAGCGAAUGUAUCACGCCGGCGAAGAGUAACGUCGACGAUGACAACACAGACGACGGGAGGGACGAACACGACACACUGGGGAAUGCUGCAUCAGCUACAUGGCCAGACCUGAAGGACACGGCGCAGUUUGAGAGAGCCGCUUCAGCCAUCAUGGCCGGCAGGCCCCACACUAUAUCAGCUGCGUACGAGCGGAGCCACCCGCGGCCCGCACUGAGCGCGCACACGUUCUCGGCCGACGCGCGCGACGGCGCCCGGGACGGCGGCGUGUACGCACGCCCGCCGCUACCUACUAGAUGUUCGUCGCUGGAGCGUCCGUCGGUGCCGGCCAAGACGACGCAGCACGAGUUCAAACCGAGCAAGCCCUCCUCACUGCCACCGCACCUCACCAAAGAGAUGCCGCAGGCGCUGUACGUGAACAUGUCGGAGCUCGCCACGCUCGCCGCCGCGCGCGCGCACCACGCCGACCACCCGCACCAGGAGAAGGUAUGUUCCGAGAGCAGUGCGAGUGAAUCAUCACUGGAGUCAUCAAGCGGAUACGGCAGUCAGGGUGCGUUCGCGGCGGAAGAUUCCGCCCAUCAGCACGCCAUCCAACACGCUGACGUCGAGUCCGAGAUAGUGACGCUCCGACGAGACAGCGAAGCGCAAGUCGCCGCGGCGCGCGAGUCCUUCUCCGUCUCGCUCGGGAGUCUCGAAGAGGCCGUGCGGUCGCUAGACGAGGCAAGCGACGCGCCAGCGUUCGCUACGAUAGCUAAGAAGCCAGCGGUGCCCAAGCGAAGACCGCUGUCAAUGACAGCGACCGUGUGGUCUCGUCGCGGCUCGUCCAGUUCGCUCGGCAAGCCGCCGCCGCCAGUGCGACGCUCGUCGUCAAUCUCAAGGCCUCAGCGACCGCCAUAUGUGCAGAGUACCACACAGAAUCAGUCGAUGGCGCCGACCGAUGCGGACAAUCUGCCGCCGCCGCCCGCCUUCCUACUGCAACCUGAUAACGAAACUGCCAAUGCCCACCAGACGAUCAACGUGGCGGAGACGGUGAAGCAGCUGACGGAGCUGAAGCACACGCCGGCGUCGCCCGGCCUGGUGCGGCGCAGCGUGCAGCAGCUGCAGGCCGCCGCGCCGCCCGCGCAGCCCGCGCUCUCCACCUUCCACGCCGCCGCCAACAAGAACCUGCAGCAAUCGAAGACGAACUUCCCAUCAUCGACCAGUAUAAACAGUACAGGGAAUUUGAACCCUAUAUACGGGCAGGCAGGGCACAGAAUCGUCUCAUACGUUGAAAACGCGAGGAAGAAUAGCUUGAACACAUCUAACUGCGACCUCUUCAGAGAUGUCGGUGCAGGUAUAUACGCUGAGGGCAAAGGGUCGCCGCAAGAGUCGAGUCCAUCGACUCCGUGCUACAGCGACACGACAUUCUCUAGCUUCGGACCGCGCGUAUCUAACGGAUCUCAUUAUGGACAGACUGGCUUUAAAAUGCAGCAAGACAAAAAGUACGGGCACAGCAACACGAUCUACGCGCAGCCGUCGCAGAUAAUCGCCGGCUUCAACAGCAUGUCGCUCGCGCGCCACGACGCGCUCAGCCCGCUCGCGCUGCGCCGCAACAUCGCCGCGCGCUCGCACAGCGCCGACCGGCACCACGUGGAACCGGGCGUGUGCGGAGCGGGUGCGGGCGCGGCGCGCUCGCCGCAGCUGUCGCCGCGCGCCGCGCGCCGCGCGCAUGUCGCGCACGAGCACAAGGGGAAGGGAACGAUUCCGGGCGCGGUGCAGCCGGCGUUCCUGGACAAACUCUCGGCCACCAUACAGCAACAGAGACGGCAGUUGGACUCGACACGAGCCAGCACGGUCAGGAACCUGAUCAAUUCACACGCGCAGCCGGACCCUCGCGUGUGUCACACGUCGCUCAUGGAACAGAUCAAGCGCGGCGCAACGUUGCGCCGCAACAAACAGUGCAACGACCGGUCAGCACCCAAGAUACGUUAAACACGCGUAACAAACCUUAAACUCAACUUUCUCGUCUGUCAAAAAUAGAUUUUAUUUCCUGUCGGUUAAGGUCGCUAUUUGCGCAUAUUCGCAGCUGUCAAGGAAAGUGGAUUUUAUUUCGUGUCAUGUAAGGUCGCGUUUGGCGUGUCGCAUGUGGUAUGCGUAAGGUCAGCACCAAAAAUAUACUUUGUUAGGAUAUUUUAUAUUAAUUUAUCUCCGUAUAAAUUUAUUGACAGCUGAAUGUAAUUUAUUCUCGGCCGGAGGAGGAAGGUGGAGGGGGGUAGCUACUUUUCUUUCAGGUAUCAAUUUGGGUUUUCUUAUAAGUCUAAUUCAACACAAGUAUAUUAACCCAUUUACCAGCGGAAUGUUUGCCGGCAAACAUGACAGUCAUGACAUUACGUGUGUCACGGGAAUAUAACCUUCUUAUAUACUACAUAUUAAGGUUAUUUUUCCGUGACACGCGUAAUGUCAUAUAACUGUCAUGUUUGCCAGCAAACAUUGCGAUGCUAAAUGGGUUAAUUAAUUAGUGUGUACACAAUAUUCUAAGGGACUGCCUUCUCCUGUCUCCUCUGGGUCGCCCAUGUAUGUGACCUUUAGAUAAGUUAAUAUUUGACCUUAAAACAUGAUCCAUGACACCUUAUAUGACAUUAGUAAACGAAAAUAUUUAUUUUCAACUCUGCAUCAAUUACAUAAGGUUGGAAUUGUAUUGACAAUGUAAACAUGGCGUAUGCGCACGUGUAUUACUUAAUUUAAACAUGACAAUGUAUAACUGCGUAAAGACUAGCCCCCUUAUUCAUAGAUGUUAUAUAUCUAAGCUCUAUCUUUGCUGUGAUAACAAGUCUGUUUCUCAGUGCUGAUGGCAUGGCAGCCUUCGCAGUGCGUAGACAUAGGGCCGUUGUGAUUGGCUAAUAUUGAGAUACAACUAAUCUAGUUGGCUGUCAGAUAAACAAAGCUGAGAAACAGACUUGUUAUCACAGCAAUGUACCAUCCUUAGAUAAAUAACGUCUAGUAAUAAGGGGGUGGAAUUAUAAAGACCUAAGUGCAGAUUUUAAUGUUUGAGCCACAAAUUAUAAAAAGGAAGACGUUUUUGACACAUUCUAAAUAUCAACAUUUCUAUCUAUUUUUGCCAAACCUUUCUUUUAUACUUAGGUCUCUGUGUAAAAUGAUCCGAGUUAAUUAUAUGAUCAAAAUCAUUGAAUAACGAUAUGAAGUAUAUGAUUUUUAGAAUUGUUUACAUUUUGAGGAUAUCCACAAUUAUUAUUUACGUUUUCGCGUUUAAUGUUCGUUUUCACCAAACCCCUGACUUAGAGGCGUCGUAAACUGAACUCAACUGAAAUAUUACUUUGAAUUUUAGUUCUUCAUUCGUUGUUUAGGGGUACCUUAGGGGUCACCCAAUGAUAUUCAAUAAUUGUAAAUUUGCCAUGAAGGCCCCAGCAAAAUAAAUCAGGGGUAUUGGAUUUUAGUUCUUCAUCUUUGUACUUUUAGGGUCCCCCAAUGAUAUCCAAUAAUUGUAAAUUUGCCAUUAAGACCCUAGCAAUAUAAAUUAGGAGUCCACUAAAUGUAGAGCGUUGGUGAAAACGAAUUAAAUAUCACUUGAAAUGACAAAAGUGCACCAUCACUGCCUUACAGCUUUAUUUUUACUAGCUUUUGCCCGCGGCUCCGUCUGUGUGAAAGUAGCUUUUUAUUUUAUUUAUAUUGUCAAAAUCGAUUCAGUAGUUCCAGAGAUAAGCCCCUAAAAACCUACAAACAAACUGACAAACAUUUCCUCUCUAUAAGUAUAGAUAUUGUACUAGUUUUUGAUCGCGGUUUCGAUCGUCCGUCCUACAAUGAACGCCCCACUACUUUUUGAGGAUAAAAUGAGUCUUCAUGUUAUAUAAUAAUAUCAGCCCGGUAUUAUAUACUGUCCCACUGCUGCACGGGCCUCCUCUACUACUGAGAGGGAUUAGGCCUUAGUCCACCACGCUGGCCUAGUGCGGAUUGGUAGACUUCACACACCUUCGAAAUUCCUAUAGAGAACUUCUCAGAUGUGCAGGUUUCCUCACGAUGUUUUCCUUCACCGUUAAAGCGAACGAUAAAUUCACAAAGUC